AUGUAUUCUCAACAGUAUUCCAUUGUAGACAAUGCCGCCUAUGGGCAGCAACGCUUACAACCUCCUCUUCAUCCAACUGUUAUUUCAAGGCCACUCAAAGAAGAGCCUCUUCCUAGUGCAACUGAUGAUAAACCCAAUAUCACCUUAUCCAUAUCAGAAAUAGCUGAAUUCUCAUCAACAAUGGUUUAUCUCAUGUGGCAUGCCAGAAGACAGUCUGUGAUGGACCUUCAUUCAAGCUCAAAGACAGAUACAAUCACGCACAACAACAAUAGCCUUGAACAAACAAGAGUAACAGCAGAUAUGGCCAAUAUGACAAGCGCAGCCUUUAAAAAGUUUUCAACGCAAUUGUCUGAAUCAGUCGUACUCUUGUCUCUGAAAUACAUUGCCAUGUUGUUACAGAACAAUCCUCAUAUCCAAGGAGCAGAUGGGUCUGAAUACAGACUGUUUACUGUCGCAUUAAUGUUGGCUAACAAGUUUUUGGAUGAUAACACAUUUACUAACAAGACAUGGUCUGAAGUGUCUGGCAUGAAAGUGACUGACUUGAACAUUAUGGAGCUCGAAUUUUUGGAUGUUUUACGAUUUGAAUUGACCAUUCGAAAAGAAGAAUAUGAACGAUGGAGAACAGCUUUGUUUGGAUUCAGAAGCCAAUUGAUAGAUGUGCCUAUUGAAAUACAACGACAGAGAUUGAUGGAAACCAUGGCAUUGUCAGUUAAUAGUAACUCACAACAAUGGAUGCAAUAUGCUUACCAGCAACAACAACAUGCAGCCACAGUAGCAGCAGCAGCAGCUACGCACAACUUCUUCUUGUUCAGUAAGACACAACAACAAUACCUUCAGCCAACAUUGAAUGUGCCCCCUACUCGAGUUCAGCUGAGGAUCCCGCCGCGUCCUGUUUAUCAACAAGAUACAAAUGGAUUAUAUGAGAAUACAAAUCAGCAGUGCUAUGUAUUAGGACAAACAGAAUAUCCAGCUUAUCAAAAACCACAGACACAACAGACGAAUUCAAAUCCAUUGUAUAUACAACCUCAACAAGUCAAGAAUACAUCUUAUUACUAUACUACACCCUCAAACACCACAGCAACGAAAACAGCAACGAAAACAGCAACGACAACAGCAACGACAACAGCAACAGCAACGACAUCUUCAACAGCAACACUAGGAACAACAACAAGCUAUUAUGUGGAUCCUACUUUGGUAGAUUAUAAUCCUUAUACAAGCAAUUAUCAUAGGCAAAUACCAAGAUCUACAUCCUAUAAGAAUAUGCAACAGAACUAUGUACAGCCUACAGAUCCUUUGUAUUCAGCUUAUAAUGAACCUAGUCUGGAAGAUCCAUUGACUAAUGUUGAGUCGUAUCGUAUUCAUCGAUAA